CUUUAUUUACUUUUAGUUUAUUAUAUCGAAAUAUUUUCUGUAUUUGAAAUUAAUUUAAUUUCUCGUAUUUAGUUGUUUUGGUUUUGAACUCAAUUCAAGCCGCGCAUUCUGUCUGUCUGUCUGUUUGGAGUUUAGUAACCCGUCAAAUCGAAAUUUUGGAGAAGAGGGUGCAGCAUAUGAGAUCUUGGAAAGUUAAUGAAGAUAUUAUUUUAUAUAAAUUAUGAAUAUGUUCAAUCUGUAAAGAUGAUUUGCCUUAAAUAGUUAUGCAUUAUUGAAAAAGUUUCAAUAUUUUUUCGCAUCUUAUGACCGUAAACUUCAUGAUAGUAACUAAUGAUGGUAGAAUGUGCGUUAAGUCUUUGAGCCUAGAGCAUGUCUGAUGUAGACCGUGAGCGACUUGCAGUACCAGUGGCUCACAGCGUCUUUUCUCAGCAUACAAAUCCAAGCAGUUACAGUGGAGCUUCAGCAGCGCCACCCUUUGCACCCCACCCUCAUUAUGGCCAACAAAUACGGCAACAACAGAGACUGCACAGCACGACCGGUUCGAGCAGGAGCGGAGCGACGUCCGCUCACACGGAUCGCAUUCCUUCUUCCGCUAUUUCUGGUACAUCAUCUGCCUCCACAACCGAGUGCAACAUUCACGAAGUGUGUUACUAUUUCCAACAAGCAAUUUUCAUUCUCGCCAUCUUGACAGGCGUGACUCUCGUCAUUGCGGGGGCCGUCAUGCAUGUACAAAAUGGGGAGCUCCUAGUACUUGUGUAUAUAGGUGUUUUACUCGGUGCUGUCAAUACUGUUUUACUAACUAUACAGUGUUGCGUCCGUCGCAAGCAAAAGAAACGGGCGAGGGCAUAUCGUGCUACGCGCCAAUCUCAGGGAUCUCAUACAACUCCAUCGAAUGCGGUAGUUCGUUAUGAUCCUCUUAGCAACCCUUUGCUUUCUGCCACCCAUACUGUACCCCCCUCCGAUGUUCAACAGUACCAUUAUAAACAUUAUCAUAUACACCCCCCAUCACAACAAGCAUUUCAAGAUUUUCCGGUUCCGCAAGGCUUAUUCGCCCAGUCUCCGACUGAAUCCUCUCAGACCAGAAUGCACCAUAAUAUACCCAUGCAUAGGUCUGGUGGUCAUCAUCGCAUUACAAAAGCAUCAUAUCAGAAAUCUCCUCCAUUGGGUCAAGCACAUCGGCCUUUGCUCAAUACAUUAGGACCUCAACAGGGUGUUGUAAUAAGAUCUGAUAUGGGAUCUCAAGAAGCAUAUAAAACGACUGUUCCCGCCAACUAUGAUGAUUUGCUUCGAUGUGGUCGCCAUACGCAAGAUGGUACUACUGUGCAUCUCAUCUGAUAUGUUAAGUAUAGUUUUUACCUGAGAAAACAUAUCUUCAUUUAUUCAUUCCUAUCUGUGUACAAUUUGUUAACAAUGGUAAAACCUCAAUUAUCCAUGACCAAAGUUACCUCAAAUUACUGUUAGAGAAAAUAAUUGUUAUAAUUGUAAAAUUGAGGGUACAACUAUAAUUAUUAAUGGUCAAAUAGUUAAUCCUAUUCAAGGAUUAAUUAUAAUAUAAUCAUACUAAUAUUUAUAAUCAUAUAAUAAUAAUUAAUCCUCGAUUGAUUCUUUGAUUUUAGGGUUUUAAGUUAAACUUUUACUUAUAGCAUUUAGCAUUGUGAAGCUUGUAAUUUUGGUUGAAUUGCUGUACCAGGCUUAAACAAAAGGUUAAUAAGAAUUGUAGUAUUUGCACUCUUGUAACUUCUUUAAUAAAAUAAAAUUCUCUUUGGGAAAAAAUUUUUUGUUUAUUUUUUACCGUAUGUAAGUUAUUUAUAUCUUUAAUUUUUAAAUAGAUAUUUAUAAUGUAUAAAAUAAAUAUUUAAAAUAUAUAACAUAUCCUGGCAAAUGAAAAUGCAAAGAAUAAAGUCUACCUGACAGUGGUUUUAAAUCUUUAACAACUGCACAUUUUGAAAUUUUAUUACUUUUUAUUUUUCAAAAUAGAUUGAAACUGAAUUAAAAAAACACAAAAUUUCUUACGCCUUUAAAAAAUAAAAAACGGUUUUUACGGUUCAUUUUUAGUAGGAAAACCAGCCACAAGUUUUGCAUCCCUAAUGAAGCAAAAAUUAAAAAUUUAGAAAAAAGAAGGGU